UCUACACUAAGAGUACUAAGACCAAACAAUCAACAAAAUAGGAGCCUAGACUAUUAGAUAUGAGUAGAUCUUAUAUUAUAUCUAGCCAAGACUAGAUCUAGAUCUACGUAUAGUGCUAAAUAGAUCUAGUAUUAGAGUUAUUCUAGUUCUAGAUUGAUAAUACGACCAUGAAAAUAUUUGGAAUAGAGUUUGCUCCCUUGUUUAUUCCAACGGAGAGACGACUCCAGACCAUUGGAGCCCUACACUUUACCUAUGCAUUUCUAUUCUUUGGAUUUGGUAUGCUGUUCUUCUUUUUAUAUCUCCUGAUCUUCACCAGCUACUAUUUAAUUCCAUUGUGCUACUUGGCAUGGUAUUUUUAUGAUCGACCUGUUAGUUGUCAAGGCGGAAGGCGAUCAGAUUGGGUACGCAGGUGGCCUUUGUUUCGCUGGUCAGCUGCAUACUUCCCUGUGAAGUUAAUCAAAACAAGCGAGCUCCAUCCAUCCAAAAAUUAUAUUCUUGGGUGCCACCCACAUGGGGUUAUGAGCCAGAGCCACUUCAUCAAUUUUGCAUCAGAAGGGACAGGAUUCAGUGAUUUGUUUCCAGGAAUACGUUCCUACUUGUCUGUGCUGAGUGGACAGUUCAUGUUUCCAAUUUUUAGAGAAUAUUUUCUUUUGUCAGGUGCUAUAGAGGUGUCGAAAGAAAGCAUUGAAUGGGUUUUGGCUAAAGAAGGAUGUGGCAAUGCAGUUGCCAUAAUGAUAGGUGGUGCUGUUGAAGCUCUAGAGGCACACCCUGGCAGUUUUAAACUGAAGAUCAAAAGUAGAAAAGGUUUCUGCAAGUUGGCACUAAGGCAUGGAGCUUGCCUUGUUCCUGUAUUUGCUUUUGGGGAAAAUGAUUUGUUUGAACAAGUUGCCAAUCCAGAUGGAUCUUUGGUGAGAAGGUUUCAGAACUUUUUGACUCAUGCUUUGGGAUUUUCGCCAGCGCUCUUCCACGGGCGUGGCAUCUUCAACUAUACUUUUGGUCUAUUACCUUUCAGAAGGCCAGUCUCUACUGUUGUUGGAGAGCCACUCAACGUUGAACGGACAGAGAACCCUAGCCAAGAGCAAAUAGAUGCCCUCCACAGUAAAUAUUGUGCUGCUUUAGACGAUUUAUUUGAAACUCAUAAACUGAAGUAUGGUUGUAAAGAAACUGACCACUUGGAAUUUGAGUAACUGUCAUUUUAAUAUAGAAAUGAAGAUUGUUUUAUUUUAUUACCGUUUUUAUUUUAUAUUGUGAUUAUUUGGAGUUAUUUUUACAUAAAUUUUAGCUUUCAAUAAUUUAAAAAAAUAUAUAUAGAACUAAGUUAUAUAAAUUGUUUUUUAUAUUCUGUUUGCCUCCAACUUCUGUAAGUGUAAAAACUUAUUUAAAUUGGGGCAGGCAAUUUAACCUUUUCUUUUAUCUUACUAGCUGGUCUUGUGUGCUAUAUCAGUUAUUAUUGUUUUAUGUUAUUGAGCUUUGCAUUGAUAUAUAUUUCAAUUUAAUUUUGUUGACUAUACCAUUGUCUCAUUUGUUGACCUCAUAUUUUACAUUGUCCUUUAUUCCUUCUAUUAAAGAAGUGUUGCUGGACAAUGUGUCAGUCUGUUACUUGUCAGAGCUGAUAGAAUAGAAGAGCUUCUUGUACAACACUUUCACUUCAGCACAAAACUUUAUUCAACGCCUUUAUUUUACCCAGUAUCCCAAAUUCUUCCUGUUGUUGUUUGCUCUCAAAUGCUAUCCGAAUGGUAGGUGUUUGUAAGGUGGCUAAUACAGAAAUUUAAAUGUCAAAGCAUCAACCCUUCUUGUGAUGUUUUUCUUAGCCAAGUCCCAUCCACAAAACUUUUUUUUUCUUAGCCAAGUCUAUUCACAACAGGUUUUUCUUUUCUAAAAGAUGUUUCUUCUCAUUUAAACUAAGUCUGGUCUUGAUUAACUGACCAGUCAAGCUAUGUCUGAUCUUGAUCAACUGACCAGGGGAAGAAAUGUGUGGUUAGUGCUCAAAUACACUUACAGCAGAUACUUUCUGAUCAAGAUUUUGUGUAAUGGGAAAUUUGUUCCGCAACAUUGUCUUAGAGAGUUUUUUUAUUGAGCCUAGCAUGACAACUGACUGGCUGAGGAAGUAUUCCUUUCUGUUGAAGUUUAAAUUUGUCAUAUAAAUGUUAUUAAAGAGUUGUUUUUUUAUGGUGCUCAUCAUAAUCUGCUGGUGAAUAAGACUGUUUUUGAAAAAAAAUGGUCAAAACCUGCUUGUAUCUCUCUCAUACUGAGGUCUGUCUGACAGCCACUUUGUCAUUCAACAAAAUGAACCACACACAAAUAAUUGAAUAUAUAUAAGUUUGGGUAAGAUUUGAAUUAUUUGAUUGUUAAAACAUUUUUCUUUGUAUUUACUUUGAAUUCAAAUGUAAAAUGGCAUAUAUAUAUAUAUAUAUAUAUAUAUACGAAUCUCACUAUCCAGGCUCUCUGCAAACUGCACCAUACACCACCAACUUAAAGAACUUGACAACUCAGGGCUCCAAAGUAACGUAACACUUUAAUAGUUGAAGAAAUAACAGCCAAUACUGUACAAUUGGCAGCACGUAACACAUGACCGUACAAAUACCUCUUCGAUAACACCGUUCCGCCGUAUCAACUCUUGCACUGGCCUCUCCGUCUCGUUCCGGGCUUUCACUGGGUUCAACAGUUCAGGACUGACUUCACACACUAGGCUCGUUGUGUCGGACUCGAUCACAGACCAAGAUCAAGACGCCGUUCGUCUCAACUGUACUUGAUAGUACUCCGCACUGAACCGUCGUAAUGCUCCGUACAGAACCACACUGCUGAACUGUGCUGUAGUCGACCGGACUGUAGUGAACCGGGCUCUGAACCCCUGCCGUGAACCUUGCUGUAUUGAGCCCCUUUUCUCGACUGUCUUGACUGCGACACCUCCGCUCUUUAUAUAGGGUCCCUACUGGCCUUCUCGAACCGGACAGAACGCCGCUCGACGUUUCUAGGUGGUCAUAUGACUACAACUCUCGUGACGCUCAUGAGCUCUGUUCACGACGGCGAUCCUUCCCGAACCGUCCUGUUGAUACUCGACUCGGUUGACCGUCGGAGCUCGUCACGGUUGACCGCUCGUCUAGCGCUGGCCUGGGGCGAAUUGCGUCGUCUGACUACACUCACACCACUACCCCCAUCUGUGCCACCACCAAGUUUAUAACACUGCCCCCUCCUUAGAUCUGUCCGUCCCGGACAGGAUCAACAUCAUGACAUUGGCUGUAAAGUUUCAUCGCUGCAGGCGGGGGUCGAUCAGUGGCAGUUGGCUUGCCUCUUGAGCUUGAUGGAGCCAUCCAUGUUGCAGUCAGCAAUGGUCGCUUCCUUCUUCUCCUCCAAUUGGCCUUCACCUGGUUGCAUGGACGUCGUGCUUUCAUCGCCAUCCACGUUGAAUUUAGAAAACGUUUUCUUCUCCUCCAGUUAGCCUUCAUCUGGUUGCAUCGAUGUCGUUGUCGCAUCGUCAUCCAUGUUGCACUCAACAAAAGUAGCCUUCUUCUUCUUCUCCGCCAGUUGGUUUUUAUGUGGCUGCAGUUAUUUCUUGGUAGGAUCACCAUGCACUUUGGACUACGCAAACGCCGCCUUCUUCUUUUCCUCCAGUUGAUCGUCCUCUUGUUGCAGUGACGUUGUGGUUGCAUCGCUCUCUUGUCGGUCGGUACUGAGGACAGCCACUUGACACAUGGAGAGGUAUAGGAUGUAAGGGCUGGGGAUACCAAGAUCGUUGGCAAAAGAGUUGGCUUCAUAGGGCUUUGCGAAGAAGGACUGGGAUGGGCUUCAAAUCCACAGGGCGAGGAAUUGUGGGACAUGUCAUCAUCUUCAACCUUGUCUGGAGGGCAUGCUGGUGGGGCAGGUUGGUAACACUCCUCGUGCAAAGGUCCCUGGUCUUCGGCUUCAGGCUCCAUUCGGCUUUCUUCACCACCAUCAGGACCUCUCUCUCUCGUCUCAGUAUCGGGCCAAUCGCUUGUUGGUUUCAGACCUGGUCGAUGACUUUCAUCUUGCAAAUGUCCAUCAAAGUCAACGUCAGGCUGUCUUGGAUUCUCUUGACCACCAUCAGGGCUUUCCUCUCCAGUCUUGGCAGCUGGACCAACGUCAGGCUUCCUUGGAUUCUCUUGACCACCAUCAGAACUUCUCUCGCUGAGCUUAGCAUCUGGACGAACGUCUGUAGGGUACAAGCUUCGCCGGUAGCUUCCAUCAUGUAAACGUCCCUCAGCAACUGGCUUGGAGGCAGACUCAGUGUUCUCUUGAUCUGUCUUGCUGUUUGAGCUUCUCAUAUCAGGUACGUCGGCAGCACAAGCUUCUGUUGGACUAUAGGCAGCUUCUCUUGUCUCUUUGUCUGUCUCUUUCUGCUCCCCAGAUCUGUACUCCUUGUUUUCGGAUUCACAGGCAGCACCACGUUCAUCAGCAUUGCCAUUGUUACUGCUUAUUGAUUCACAGCAUUGGGUGGGUAAUAGUUCAAUGUCCAACGAUGGUGAAUCUCCUUCAUCUUUCAAGUCUCCUUGGUCGUACAAGGUUUCUUCCACCACGUCCAUCGUUUUCACCACGGGGCUCGUCACUUCUUUCACUGAGGUACACAUCUUUUUAAUCUCUCUACAGAACUCCUCGGUGGACUUCUUCAAUGUCAUACUCAUCUCGUCCAGUACAGAGUUCAAGAGCUCUCCCAAGUCUGGUGCGACUUCAAACAGAUACGUGUCCGGAUCUUCUUCUUCUUCCAUUAUGUCUUCCCGGAGGCGUGCUUGUAAGGUUUCCUUGUUUCCACAUGUCUUCAGCCCUCGUUCACGGAGUUCUUGCUUCAGUUCUCUAAAUUCAAGUUCGUACAGCAGUUUCAGACGAGCCAUAGUAGAUCCGAUCCAAUCCGAUUCCGAUCCGAUCCCACUUCUGACACCAGUUGUUACGAAUCUCACUAUCCAGGCUCUCUGCAAACUGCACCAUACACCACCAACUUAAAGAACUUGACAACUCAGGGCUCCAAAGUAACGUAACACUUUAAUAGUUGAAGAAAUAACAGCCAAUACUGUACAAUUGGCAGCACGUAACACAUGACCGUACAAAUACCUCUUCGAUAACACCGUUCCGCCGUAUCAACUCUUGCACUGGCCUCUCCGUCUCGUUCCGGGCUUUCACUGGGUUCAACAGUUCAGGACUGACUUCACACACUAGGCUCGUUGUGUCGGACUCGAUCACAGACCAAGAUCAAGACGCCGUUCGUCUCAACUGUACUUGAUAGUACUCCGCACUGAACCGUCGUAAUGCUCCGUACAGAACCACACUGCUGAACUGUGCUGUAGUCGACCGGACUGUAGUGAACCGGGCUCUGAACCCCUGCCGUGAACCUUGCUGUAUUGAGCCCCUUUUCUCGACUGUCUUGACUGCGACACCUCCGCUCUUUAUAUAGGGUCCCUACUGGCCUUCUCGAACCGGACAGAACGCCGCUCGACGUUUCUAGGUGGUCAUAUGACUACAACUCUCGUGACGCUCAUGAGCUCUGUUCACGACGGCGAUCCUUCCCGAACCGUCCUGUUGAUACUCGACUCGGUUGACCGUCGGAGCUCGUCACGGUUGACCGCUCGUCUAGCGCUGGCCUGGGGCGAAUUGCGUCGGCUGACUACACUCACACCACUACCCCCAUCUGUGCCACCACCAAGUUUAUAACAAUAUAUAUAUAUAUAUAUAUAUAUAUAUAUAUAUAUAUAUAUAUAUGGCUCCUUUUGUCUCGAAAGGCAAUGGAUGCACCCAAAUGAGUCACUGGUUUUGGCUUAUAUAUAUAUAUAUAUAUAUAUACACACAUAAGAAAAUAUGUUUUUUGUAUUCAGAGUUUUGGACUUCAAUUUCUGUAUUUAAUGGAGUUGUUAUUUUUAUAACAUCUAUGCUACUACAAAUUGUUAUAGAAAUUGUUCCUGUUGUUUCAGUAGUUGUAAAAUCUAUGAUAGUAUCUAGCCAAAUCUCUACUUUUACAGUGCACUUCAAACAAUGAAAUGUUCCGUUAAAUUUAAAAAAAAUGUACAUUUAAAUUUGACUUGAUUAUUGCAGCUAUAGCAGAGGUUAUCUCCCUUUUAAAGAGCAUUUGAGAAGCUAUGUGAUUGAGAACAGCUCUUAAAACUUUCACCACUUCUCUGCUUCUGUUCAGAAUGUGUCUGGAACUGGGCUUCCAGUUCUCUGUCAGUUUGGUAAAUCUGUGCAAAAUGAUUUUCAAGUUUAUCUAAUAGCUUUAUCAGUUUUGUGCCUUAGACCUGGAACUGACCACAAUGACUGAAAUGUGAAUAUAGCUUCUUUCAGUAAUCUUGGUUGUUACAAGAUAACAGCUCCUCCAUCGUAAACCAGCUUUCAAUCACUUGGGCUCAUAACAGAUUUGUUAACUUGAAGUACAAGAUUGCCCCCCCCCCCCCCAUCCCAAUCAUUACAGAGGUCAUGACAUUGCUUUUUACAUUCCUCUUGAUUUGCUUAGACCUGCCACCCAUGAUGGGUCACAUUGUUCAGACAUGCAAAUAAUAUAAUGCCCCACUGUUUAGGCCUGACUGACUGAUGACUUAUUGCAGAUGUCACAUUGACAUUGUGAAGUCUUUCACCUAUACUUGCCAACUCUCAUUUAAAAAUUGUAGUAAACCAAAAUAAAAGGAAUAGUUUUGCCAGUUUCAUCAAUGUUUUUGGCAUGUGAAACCAGAUUUUUAUUGCUAUUUACAUGAAAAUGUUUUCUUGACAUUUUUUUUGUAUGCUAAAAGUUAUGUAUUUCACAUAAUGUAUACCAGUAUUUCUUUACAGUUUUUAUAAUUUUUUUUCUGUAUGCGUAAUAAAACUAUAAACAUUAACCAAAUAAACUAUGAAAUUAAAAUCUGAUUUGUAAAAGAGUA